CUUGCUCCCAUCCCAUCCCUUCCCUACAAUUUCCUCGCCAGUUCAACUUGUUGCUUCAGUUUCGUUCUUCUUUUUUUUUUUUUUUUCUAAUUGUUCUUUUCCCUACCUAAUACCACCUCCCCCUCUUCGCGCCUUCUACAAGUGAAAUCUGCCUUGCAUUUAUCCACCCAUCACGGGGCAGUGCACACAUAACCUACCAAGCAGCCCGCCCAUUCAAUCCACCCAUAACGGCUCAACACCCCAUCGCGGCAGCUGAACGCGGGACCUCGACGUCUAGGUUAUACACCCUCGUUCGUCCACUCUUACUCGUCAAGCCAUAUACGUCAUCUUAUACCUCGACACGCAGGUACCGUCCCUUUGGACUUUGCUACUAUUGCUCCGAGCGACCUCGUCAACCAGUCAGAUACCUCCUCCCAGGAUACGCCAAGAGAACGGAACUUCUUCACACUGGACAUCGCGCGUGUGGCCGUUGAACCCCAGGAACCCGCAGCGCUCACCCGACCAUCCCCGGUCCCCACUGCUCAGCUCCCAUCCGUCAUAGCAGACGUACAUAAACAAAACAAUUGCGCAUGAUUGCUCGCCCGGCCCUUUGACAUACGCCAUGGCCAAAAAGGCUCGCCAAAGAAUAAGCUAUGUUCUCGAGCUCCCAAACUCCUCACCUGGUGGCCAUCGGCUCGGCGUGAAUGGUCUCGCCGUCGAUCGCGACAAUGCUAUUCUCUACUCCGGCGGCCGUGACGGUACAGUAUGCGCUUGGGACGUCCCUCCCGACUGCAUUGCCCCGAUUUCCUCCCACUCCGCCGUUGUCGAUACCUCGUCCUCGCGCGCCAAUGCCAGGCCCAAGCAGACGACCAGAUUCCGUGCCCAAACACAAGCGCAUACACAUUGGAUCAACGAUCUCGCUUUAGCCCAACAACAUUCCGCCGUGGUGUCUGCCUCGUCCGAUCUCCUUGUCAAAGUAUGGCGACCCCACGGAAGCGACGCCACAGAACCAGCCACCAUUGGCCAGCACGCCGAUUACGUUAAGUGCGUUGCGACACCGUCACAGUCCACCAACUGGGUAGCCUCGGGUGGCCUCGACCGGAAAAUAUAUCUCUGGGACUUGUCAGGCGCCGGCAAGCGACUAGAGAUCGAUGUCAGUGGCGAGGAGGUGCGAGAGAAGGGUAGCGUUUAUGCCUUGGCCGUCAACCACUCCAUCCUCGCCAGCGGUGGUCCCGAGAGCGUGGUUCGCCUAUGGGAUCCCAAGACGGGCAAGCGCAUCACCAAAUUCGUCGGUCAUACCGACAACAUCCGGGCCAUUCUGGUCAACUCUUCGGGCGACAUGGUCAUGACGGCUAGUUCCGACCAGACGGUCAAGGUUUGGAGCGUCACGGCAGGCAGGUGUAUGCACACACUCACCAUGCAUAAUGACAGUGUAUGGUCUCUGUUUGCCGAAGACCCUGAACUCGGCGUCUUCUACAGUAGUGAUCGGUCAGGCUUGGUGGUCAAAACCGAUGUGCGAGGCACCUUGCAUGAUUUGGACGAUGGCCUGUCUGUGGCCGUCGCACAGGAGCAUGAUGGCGUGAGCAAGGUUGUCGCUUGUGGAAACUCUGUGUGGACGGCGACGUCACGGUCAUCGAUCAACCGUUGGCAGAGCGUCGACACAACCGCUGACAUUCAGCUCCCAGGGGGGUUCCGGCCUCAGAGGGCCUCCGUUGUGUCGACGAGGAGCAGGGAAAAUACUUUCCAGUCUGGACCCACUAUGUCAACAGGGUCACCUACCCAAAAGCGGGAGAUUCCGGCCAAGUCCAUUUUGCGCAUCUCGAACACGGCCUCCUUCCCGCUUGCUCCCAGUCGAGAUGGGGCAGAAUCGGUUGCAACACAUACACGAAAAGGAUCUGAAGUAAUCACAGACCCCGCGGUAAGCGUAGUCGAGCCGAUAUACCAUCUGCCGGAAGAAACGAUUGAGGGCCAGUUUGGCCUGGUUAAGCACCGUCUUCUGAAUGACAGGCGGCGGGUCCUAACACUGGACACGGCUGGGGAUGUAGUGUUGUGGGAUUUGAUCAAAUGUAAACCCAUCAAGAGUUUUGGAAAGAGGCAUUUGGAGGAUGUAGAACCCGAGGUCAAUACCCUGGAGGCCGUGGCUCCAUGGUGCUCAAUAGACAUCAGCUCGGGCAACUUAACAGUAGUCCUAGAGCCAUUUAACUGCUUUGACGCCGAGGCGUAUGCCGAUGAGCUCACGCUCGAAGAGCCCGUGGAGUUUCGGGAAGACCAGAGGAUAAAUCUUGGAAAGUGGAUUCUACGGUAUCUCUUUGCGAACCUGAUAGAUGAAGAGAUCCGACGCGAUGAGGCACACAGACACAGGUUGAACGAAGUAUCACAACAACGGGCAGCCGUCGGGAGGGUGAAUCCCGCACUAUCGAUAAUAAUCCCUCCUCCGCCGGGUGGCAUUGACUCGCAGGUUACAACGCCGCGGGCAAACGGCUUCCGGUUCCCUCCUGUGACUCCAGGGUUCGCAAUCGGACUCGCUACUCCAGCCUCGCCCAUGGGACCAAGAGCGGAAUUUGGAACGCCGUUCAGUCCCCUCGACAGGUUUUCGUCGCAACUUUCGAAUAGGCCAUCUGCAGAACGACUCGACUACUUUUCAGACGCCAUCAACGCACCAGACGCAGACGCAAACAAGACAGCACAAACUCCGGCGCCGGUUGCAGAGUCUCGAGCGUCAGAAGAUAAGACCGGAAAGACGUCAACCGAGAACGGAAAAGAGAAAGACAAGGAGAAGGAUAAGGACAAGGAAGUUAAGAGCCCCAGCACGCCGUUUGGAAAGAAGUUCCGGAUGAACAUGUCCUUUGGCGGUAAAAAGCUCGGUCGCUCAGCUUCCAAUGCCGUUGCCGAUAAGCCGGUCGUAGUAGACGAGAAGGCCGAGGAGUCCGAAUCUUCUUCCAACCACGAGAAGGAAUUCGCCGAUAGCUUCCACGGUGUUAUCCAGAAGAUUCACAACGAGUACGAGAAGCAACUAAUCGAAAAUCCCGACACGGUGGUCGAAACACGCAUCUGCCCCAGCCUACCCAACGAUACGCCGGUGCUCAAACUGCCCAAGGGCACCAAGGUGAUCAUCCAGGAGGAGACGUCAGGCGGCUCAGCCGAGUUGUAUCGGGGGACCGUGGAAUCUGUGGGUGCGGACGUGGACAUCAUCGAGCAAAAGGGCCCCCAGUGGCUCGGCGAGGUUUUGUUGCUGAACGUCAUUCCACCCAAAGAUCCUGUCAAGGUGUCGUUUGUACUGUACCCGUGGCAGGAUACGUUGCCGGCCCUCACGGUGGCGGACGGGAACAAUCGCCUGAACGCGAAUAGGAUGCUGAGGGUGAAGAAGAUACUGGCGUACGUGGCAGAGAGGAUCGACCCGCCUGCUGACCCGGAGAAUCCGGACUCAGACGCGAUGAAGCCCGAGGAGUACUUGGAGCUGUACUGCAAUGAACAGCUCUUGCCAAACACCAUGAGUCUCGCAACCCUUCGCGCACACGUCUGGAAGGGCGGUAAUGAUAUUGUCCUUCAUUACAAAGCCAACGGAAAGAAAGAGAUUCUAUUCCCGUCGGUACCAUCUCCCAACGUUACCGAUGGCAGCCAACGCCAGAGUCAGGACUCCCCAUCAGCCGCCGGGACAGCAGCCGGACAGGGACAAGUCGGCCAAGCUGUUGCAGCAGCAGCUUAGGAUGAUGAAGCUGUCAGGUUGGAGAGUUCAUGGACAUCCCUGGAAGGAUUUGAGUAUUAUCCAAUCGUGCCGUUACUGCCCUGUUAUGAUGGAUGAGUGGACAGUGUAUGACUAAUUAUUCCUGUUGAUCUCGGAGUCAGCGUAUUUGUACAUGGUGUUGUUUUUUUCUUCUCCCUGUCUAUCUCUAUUCAUGCGUUCUCUGGCUACUGUUGGUUAUGAACCUGGAGACAGCGCUUGUUCGACUCUUAGCGGGUAUUUUAUAUAGUACAGUAGGGGUUGUUGUACAUAGGGGUGUAACAUGACUCCUGUUACUCCCACUGGGGUAUCUU